AUGGUGAAUGAGACUUCUGCAUCGUUAUCACCCGACCGGUCGGAGUUCCAGACAAUUCACUCGGUGCCCUUUGAAAAUACCGUUGCGGUGGAUGCCCCUCUUGCGAUUCGGUCGGUCUCGUUGCCCACGCCCGAUGCGCCAACAGGCUCCAAUGGCAGGUCGCUAAGCACGAGCGCUGCAUCGAUUGGCCCCAGCGACAAUUCGGCGCCCGGACAUUCGUUUUCUCGGCUUCGACCUUUCACUCCCACCGGGGAUGACAACCGAACAAUUCGAUCGGAGGGCCCUCCCUCGCUGCGGAGCGUGCCCAGCAUCACAGUGAAUGAGCCAGGACCUCGUCCUAGUUCUCGCCCAGGCUCGCGCCCAGGCUCUCGCUGGUCGGAACGCAAAUGGGGAGGGUUGAGAAAACGCUCGGCGGAGAUGGACCGGAAACUCAGCUCGGAGGGAUCGCCUCCUCCCGUGCCACAGAUCGAACGUUCUUUUACUGGCAUCCCCCUGGAUAUACCAACAGCCUCUUUGGAUGGGCUGGAUAAGUCCAUGAAGUUCUCCAACCGCGGGAGCUUGAUAAAGACUGCAGCAAAGCGCCCGCAUCCAAACAGACCACAGGAAAGGCUUGAAGAGCACCCUGAUCAAUGUUUGGAACAUACAGCGCAGCCGAAGACUGAAGCAGAUCAUAGUCGAGAAGUAGACCAAUCGUCGGAGGAAACGCAGAAGCACAAUCCGGAUCAGCAAACGGAUCAACUUCACCCUGAAGUGGCGCCAACCCCUUCCAUCGCGAGAAGUCAAACCGAGGGAGAGAAUGGCGCACCGAAAGCGACACCCUCCCCGUCUAUCGCGAGAAGUCAAACCGAGGGAGAGAAUGGCGCACCGAAAGCGACACCCUCCCCGUCUAUCGCGAGAAGUCAAACCGAAGGAGAGAAUGGCGCACCGAAAGUCGUUCCCCGGCGCACCAAACCUCAGGGCACCCUUCGGCCUAGACAGUCAAGUCUUCCAAGCAGAGCCAUAUCAGCAGAUGAAGAUAUGUUGUCACGCCGAGUCCGACUGAUGUAUGAGAAGGGCGAAGAUAAUGUCACCGACUCCGAGGUCGCGAAAGCAUUGGCCUCCGAGAACGGAGUUCUGUGGGAAGAGGGGGCAGCAGAGGCUGAGACCUCUGAAACACCCGCCACGGAAAAUGGGACCGAGACCGAACAAAAGCCAAGGGCCUCCGCUGAAGUCGAGCGUCGUCGAAUCAAAAGAGAAACCCAAGAGCUAGCAGGCGGUGCUGAAUACUGGCAAAAUGUUGGGGCCGAAGAAGUCGACCGCUAUGGUUUCAUUCGCCCCGCGACAAACUCCAAGGGCUCUGAUAUUAACCCUCUACAGCGAGUCACAACUAGUCUUUUGCUGGCAUCCGAGACACCUCGGCGGAAACGAUCAAUACGCCCGCCAACUGCUCCGGCGAGUAACCGUUCAUUCAAUGGUCCUUCUUUGAACCGCAAGAUCUCACAGAGCUCUUUGGGCAAUCGCCCUGCUUCAUCACAGAGCAAUUAUAGUGCGCCAUUGCGCCGCUCUACUUCCCGCCUGCGCACGGCAACUAAUCGUCUACCUCACAACCGAGACCGCAAAGCUAAAGAUGAAGCGGCUGAUAUGCUCACUUUACCAUGUGAAUCUGUUCCUGGCGAGAAGGAAGACACUCCGGCUUCACGUGCAAUGCGGAGAAAGGAAUGGCAACGGGAAGACAAGUGGACCAAGAUGGCCAAGCCAAAGAAAAAACCCAAGGACGGCGGCGGGAUGACGUUCGAGUUCGAUACGCGGAGUUCAAAACUGAUUGAGCGAACAUGGAAAGGCAUUCCAGAUCGCUGGAGAGCGACGGCUUGGUACUCUUUCCUUGAAGCCAGUGCCAAACGCUACGAGGGAAGUCCGCCAGAGGAUCAGCUCAUUGAGGCUUUCAAUGAGCUUCAGUACAUUUCAUCGCCUGAUGAUGUCCAGAUUGACAUUGAUGUUCCACGGACUAUCUCUAGCCACAUAAUGUUCCGGAGACGGUACAGGGGUGGUCAGAGAUUACUCUUCCGCGUUCUUCACGCCAUGUCUCUGUACUUCCCAGAUACGGGCUACGUACAGGGCAUGGCAGCUCUUGCAGCCACGUUGCUGGCGUAUUAUGACGAGGAACAUGCCUUCAUCAUGCUGGUCAGACUUUGGCAACUACGUGGGCUCGAAGAACUUUAUAAAUCUGGAUUCGCCGGUCUAAUGGAGGCGUUGGCAGACUUUGAAAGAGAGUGGUUGGCCGGAGGCGAGGUGGCCUCAAAGCUGAAUGAGGUUGGAAUUCCACCUACUGCCUACGGCACACGCUGGUACCUGACGCUUUUCAACUACUCUAUUCCCUUCCCGGCCCAGCUCCGAGUUUGGGAUGUAUUUAUGCUUCUUGGUGACGCUGACGACAGCCCUGGUUCGCCCGCAAACUCAGGGAAGAACAAAGAGCCGUCUGAAAAUCCAAGAACCUUUGGCCAAAGUCUUGACGUUUUGCACGCUUCCUCCGCUGCCCUCAUUGACGGCAUGCGUGACAUUAUCCUCGAAUCUGACUUCGAGAACAUCAUGAAGGUUCUCACUAGUUGGAUUCCUAUCAAAGAUACUGAGAUGUUCAUGCGCGUCGCCAAAGCGGAGUGGAAAGUCCAUCGCCGCAGGAGACACGCCUAA